CCUUAUAUAUGUAAGGAGUGUGGGAAGGCCUUUGUUAAUUCCUCAAGACUUACCUACCAUAUGAGAAUUCACACUGGAGAGAGACCAUUUGUUUGUAAUGAAUGUGGGAAGGCCUUUGUUGUAUCCUCAGGCCUUACUCGACAUAUGAGAAUUCACAAUGGAGAGAAGCCUUAUGGAUGUAAGGAAUGUGGGAAGGCCUUUGUUGUAUCCUCAGGCCUUACUCGACAUAUGAGAAUUCACAAUGGAGAGAAGCCUUAUGGAUGCAAGAUAUGUGGAAAGGCCUUUGUUAAUUCCUCAAGACUUACCUACCAUAUGAGAAUUCACACUGGAGAGAGACCAUAUGUUUGUAAGGAAUGUGGGAAGGCCUUUGUUGUAUCCUCAGGCCUUACUCGAUAUAUGAGAAUUCACAAUGGAGAGAAGCCUUAUGGAUGUAAGGUAUGUGGAAAGACCUUUGUGGAAUCCGCAAACCUCAUUCGGCAUAUGCGAAAGCACACUGGAGAGAAGUCUUAUGGGUGUAAGGUAUGUGGAAAGGCCUUUGUUGAAUCCUCAAGCUUUACUCGUCAUAUGGGAAAUCACACUGGAGAGAGACCAUAUGUUUGUAAGGAAUGUGGGAAGGUGUUCAGGUACUGGUUAGCGUUGUAUCAGUAUUAA